AGAGGACUGCAUCUACCGUCUGAUCCAAAAAAAAAAAAAAAAACACACACACAUUGCAGCUGUAGCGUCCACGCUUACAGGGAAUUUAACAAGCCUGCAAACUUGGAUGAGCCACUGAAGGAGCCAUCAUGUGGUUUUCCUGGAUGCUCCUACUGGCCACUCUGGCUUCAUCGUCGGCUUCAUCACGGACGCGGGAAUGGGCUCAUCACGGAGCGAUGAUGUUUGCUGAUCUCACUCCGCAUGAAAUGUACGCGGUGAGGGAUUACCUGUUCUCCUGCAGCGAGCUGGGCCUCACCUCAGCACGGGGAACAUCCCUCAAGAAGAACAGCAUCCUCCUCAUGGAGCUGCAUGUUCCCCGAAAGCAUGAGGCGCUGCGUGCACUGGACAAAGGACAGGCCAAACCAUCCCGGCAGGCACGCGUGGUGGUGCAGUUCGGCAACCAGGCGGUGCCAAAUGUCACUGAAUACAUCGUUGGCCCACUUCCGUUCCCGAAGACUCACCAUCUGAAAACAUUCAAGAACAACAAGAACAUCCGCUUUGAGUCCCGGCCGAUCUCUGCAGUGGAGUACGAACACCUAAGUGGGAUUUUGGACAAAGUUGGAUCUAAAAUAAAUAACAUCCUGCAGGAGAGCACCGGGUUUACUUAUGGCAACUGCACUAAACGCUGUCUGACCUUCUCUGAUAUCGCUCCCCGUGGGAUAGCGUCAGGAGACAGGCGUACCUGGAUCAUGCUGCAGAAGUUUGUGGAAGGAUACUUCAUCCAUCCUGUAGGCUUCGAGGUCCUUGUUAACCACAAAGAUUUGGAUCACGAAAAGUGGACAGUGGAAAAGGUGUGGUACAACGGGCACUAUUUCGACACCUUGGAUGAAUUCGUGGAGAAGUACGAGAAAGGGACGAUUGAUAAAAUCAAGCUUCCGGAGCAUGAUGAGGAGGAUCUUUUCUCCACUUACAUUCCCAGGGGAGACAUGAACACACGGACCAACAUCCAUGGAGCAAAGCUUGUUGAACCACAAGGGCGCAGAUUUCAGGUGGAUGGGAAUUUCGUGGAGUAUGCUGGAUGGUCCUUUGCUUAUCGGGUUCGCUCUUCAGCUGGUUUGCAGAUCUUCGAUCUUCGCUACAAUGGGGAGAGAAUUGCUUAUGAAAUCGCUCUUCAGGAAGCCAUAGCUUUCUACUCCGGAGAUACUCCAGCAGCCAUGCAGACCAAAUACAUUGAUGCCGGGUGGGCGAUGGGAACGUCAGAUUAUGAAUUAUCACCUGGGAUCGACUGUCCAGAAAUUGCUCACUUCGUUGACCUCUACCAUUACUAUGACACAGACAAACCUGUGCGCUACAGAAAUGCACUCUGCAUCUUUGAAAUGACCACUGCGAUUCCUUUGAGGAGACACUUUAAUAGCAACUUCCAAGGAGGCUACAAUUUCUACGGAGGCCUGGAAAACCAUGUUCUGGUGAUCAGAACUACAUCUACAGUCUACAAUUAUGAUUACAUCUGGGACUUUGUCUUCUACCAGAAUGGUGUAAUGGAGUCCAGAGUGAGUGCGACUGGAUAUAUCCAUGCAACCUUCUUCACAGAAAAUGGACUGAACUAUGGAAACAGAGUUUACGACUAUGUACUUGGGAACUUGCACACUCAUCUAAUUCAUUAUAAAGUGGACCUUGACAUUUCAGGAAAGGAAAACAGCUUUGAAUCCAUUGAUCUGAAAUAUGUGAACUUCACCAACCCCUGGAGCCCCGGACACACCAUCAUGCAAUCGAAACUGCACAGGACGCAGUAUGAAACUGAACGCAGCGCUGCUUUCCGCUUUGGCAAGAAGUUCCCCAAAUAUCUACACUUCUACAAUCCCAAUGAAGUGAACAAAUGGGGGCAUAAGAAAGGAUACCGGAUUCAAUACAACUCACAUGCUAACAGCGUUCUGCCCAGAGGCUGGAGAGAGGAAAAUGGUAUUCCAUGGUCAAGAUACCCAUUGGCUGUAACCAGACAUAAGGACAGUGAGGUCACCAGCAGCAGCAUCUACACUCAGAAUGACCCCUGGGAGCCUCUCGUUUCCUUUGAGGAGUUCGUUCGCAACAAUGAAAACAUUGUUAACCAGGAUCUGGUUGCCUGGGUGACGGUGGGCUUCCUGCACAUUCCUCAUUCUGAAGACAUUCCCAACACAGCGACUCCAGGAAACUCGGUGGGAUUUUUCCUGCGUCCCUUCAACUUUUUCGACGAGGACCCUUCGCUGGCGUCCCGCAGCACAGUCAUUGUGCGUCCCGAUGAAAAGGGUCAGCCGAAGGUGCAGCGGUGGACUCCAGAGGUCGUAGGUCACUGUGUCUCAGACAAGCCUUUCUUCUAUAACGGCACAUACGCUGGCGUUUAGAGAAACUGAGCUCAUUUCAUGUCAUGCUAGUGUGUUUGUGCUGUAUAUAAAAAUGCAAUUUGUGACAUUAAAUAAAUGCUGAUGAUGUCAAAUGA